AUGAAACAAAGAAAAAGAAAAAAAAUCACUACCAAUAUAACCUCAAUUUUAACUUCUUUACGACCUUCUCAUCAGAGCUUCAAUUUAACUGAUAUGGAUUCUGAAGCUGAUUCUAUUUAUGAAGA